CUCCCACUCACCCUUACCUAGAAAAUUUUCCAGAUGCUAUUCUUUUUUACAUUUGAGUGAGGGACCAGUCCUUUAUCCAAAUUCCUUAUUUCAAAGUCGAUGAAAUUUUUCAUCUUUCGAUGUCUUAUCUCCUGCUCUCAUUCUUAAUCUCUCUAAACUUUUUCUUCUUAAAUUUAUAAUGUAUCUAUUAAUCAUCAUAUAACUUUGGUUUCAAAUACAAGAAAACAUUAGAAAAAAAGGAACGAAUAAGAGAAUGUGCCACUGUGCAAUGUGUUAUGUUAGCUAAGCAUCAGGGAAACAGUGACAGAAUGUGCUUUCUCUUUGGGGAGACCUUGAGCAGAAUCAGGAAGCUACAAUGACCAUGGAAUAUAGACACUCCAAUAAAUUGUCUGCUUUAACUAGAAACUUGGAAAUUGAGUGAGGCAGCAGAAGGGAAUACAAAGCAGAGAAAACUGAAAAUGAAAAGAUAUAUAUGAAUUAAUACGACUUUGUGUAAAUGGUACUUGGCGAUGAUAAUUUGUCAUACAUUUCUUAACAGAUGAGCCAAAAAAUGAUACUUGACUUCAAGGGAGUUUGAUUUGGCAUUACUAUGCAAAGAGUGCUCAAGAAAGAAAUACAGCUCCUCAACAUGAGCUGAUACACCACUGCAGUAAAUCUCAGGAUAUAAAUUUAGAAGAAAGACAUCUUCCCCUGAAGGUCAUAAAAAUUUAUUUGUAGUAUGAGUCUAUAAUAGAUUUUCAAUGUAUAUGAUUUAGUGUGAGAUCUAACCUCUUAAUGAUCCCUAAUUUUAUGUGGUACAAUAAAACAUCCAUUCCUACUGAAUCAUUAUAGGAAAUUUUCUUUUUUUUAACUUCUUAGGUUUCUUAUGACAUAUUUUGGUCAGAAAUGUAUGCCUCUGCUAAUUUGAUCUAGAGGUCAGAAAAUGAGGUUUCGUUGUCAAAGUAGCUUAGUCCUUUAUUUAAGAGAAGUAAAUCUCAUGAAUAAUUUGCGGUCUGAGAAAACUAAGGAGUUAAAAAAAAACUUACCUAACUGAUUUACUCCUCUGUUUGCUUUUAGAAAAACCACAUGAAUGCCUGAUGGAAAAUUAUAACCAAACAUCAACUGAUUUCAUCUUAUUAGGGUUGUUCCCACCAUCAAAAAUUGGCGUAUUCCUCUUCAUUCUCAUCAUUCUAAUUUUCAUAAUGGCUCUGAUUGGCAACCUAUCCAUGACUCUCCUCAUUUUCUUGGACACCCAUCUCCAUACACCCAUGUAUUUCCUACUUAGUCAACUCUCUCUCGUGGACCUGAAUAACAUCUCCACCAUUGUCCCCAAGAUGGCUUCCAACUUCCUGUUUGGAAUCAAGUCAAUCUCCUUCAUUGGAUGUGGAGUUCAGAGUUUCUUCUUCUUGACUUUGGCAGGUGCAGAAACACUUCUCUUGACAUCUAUGGCCUAUGACCGUUACAUGGCCAUUUGCUUUCCUCUCCAUUAUCCCAUUCGUAUGAGCAAAAAAGUGUGUGUGCUGAUGAUAACAGGAUCUUGGAUAAUGGGGUCUAUCAACUCCUGUGCCCACACUGCAUAUGCACUCCAUAUGCCCUAUUGCCAAUCUAGGGCCAUCAAUCAUUUUUUCUGUGAUGUUCCAGCCAUGUUGACUUUGGCUUGCAUGGACACCUGGGUCUAUGAGUACACAGUGUUUGUGAGUACCACCUUGUUCCUCGUGUUCCCUUUCAUUGGCAUUAGUUGUUCUUAUGGCCAGAUUCUCCUUGCUGUCUACCACAUGCCCUCAUCAGAAGGGAGGAAGAAGGCCUAUUCGACCUGCAGUACCCACCUCACUGUGGUGACCUUCUACUAUGCACCCUUUGUUUACACUUACCUAUGCCCAAGAGCCUUCCGAUCUCCAACAGAAGACAAGGUUCUGGCUGUUUUCUACACCAUCAUCACCCCUACGCUCAACCCCAUUAUCUACAGCCUGAGGAACAAGGAGGUGAUGGCGGCCCUAAGGAGAAUCAUUCAGAGAAUUGUCUUUGUGAAAGCAUAG